CACAAAUUUUUGCAUUUUAAUUUGCAACUGUUAUUGCAGGCUAUGCGUCAUGCAGGAAAGGAGCCAUUUCCAACUAUUUAUGUUGAUUCCAAAGAAGAAGGACAGGUUUGGGAAGUUGCAGCCAAGGCUCAGUUGAAGAAACAGCAGAAAAUCUGGCAAAGGGAACAAUUUAAGGCAGCUGAUAGAUUAGAGAGAGAGGCAGAAGAUGCUGAAAGAAGAGAGAAGAAUUUGGAGGAAGCACGUCAGGUUACCAUAGAAGAAGACAAAACUUUGCCAGUUGCAAAACUGAUUAAAAUCCGUGAUGCAGUUACUCAUCGAGACCAAAGAGUGAAAAUAAGUGGCUGGGUCCAUAGAUUGAGGAGGCAAGGUAAAACUUUGAUGUUCAUCAUUUUAAGAGAUGGUACUGGCUUUUUGCAAAGUGUGUUGACAGAUAAACUGUGUCAAACAUAUGAUGCCCUUACUUUAUCCACUGAAUCCACUGUUCAUCUGUAUGGCGUCAUUAAGGAAGUGCCAGAAGGCAAAAUGGCACCAGAUGGACAUGAGCUACAUGUGGACUACUGGGAGCUUGUCAGUGCAGCACCCCCUGGUGGAGCAGAUAACCUGCUGAAUGAGGAAUCUAGUGUGGAUGUACAACUGGACAACAGGCACAUGAUGAUCAGAGGUGAAAAUACGUCAAAAAUUUUGAAAAUGCGCUCUGUGGUUAUGCAGUGCUUUAGGGAACAUUUCUUUAGUCGAGGUUAUUAUGAGGUCACGCCACCAACACUGGUUCAAACUCAAGUAGAAGGAGGUUCUACACUUUUCAAGUUUGAUUACUUUGGAGAAGAGGCUUUCCUGACACAAUCAUCCCAGUUGUACUUGGAAACCUGUCUUCCUUCCAUGGGAGAUGUUUUCUGCAUAGCACAAUCUUACAGGGCUGAGCUGUCACGUACGAGGAGACAUCUUGCAGAGUACACCCAUGUGGAAGCAGAAUGUGCUUUCCUUACAUUUGAUGAUCUUCUGGAUAGGCUAGAAGACCUUGUAUGCGAUGUGGUAGACAGGGUGUUGAAAUCCCCACAUGCUCAGUUGCUGCAUGAUUUGGUUCCUGACUUUAAACCCCCUAAAAGACCAUUUAGACGUAUGGACUAUACAGAGGCCAUCAAAUAUUUAAAAGAACAUGAUAUCAAGAAGGAUGAUGGGACCUACUAUGAGUUUGGAGAGGAUAUACCAGAAGCUCCUGAGAGAAAAAUGACUGACCAGAUUAACGAACCAAUCUUCCUGUGUCGUUUUCCAGUGGAGAUUAAAUCAUUCUACAUGAUGAGAUGUGCAGAAGAUAGAAGAUUGACAGAAUCUGUGGAUCUGUUGAUGCCAGGAGUGGGGGAGAUCAUAGGAGGCUCUAUGCGUAUCUGGGACAAUGAUGAGUUGCUUGAAGGCUACAAGAGAGAAGGCAUUGACCCCACACCAUACUAUUGGUAUACAGACCAAAGGAAAUAUGGAUCCUGUCCUCAUGGUGGCUAUGGUCUUGGCUUGGAGAGAUACUUGUGCUGGAUGCUGAAAAGACCACAUAUCCGCGAAGUGUGUUUGUAUCCAAGGUUUAUUGAAAGAUGCAAACCAUAGACAGAAUGAAGAAUUAUUUUGAAAAUGUCAAUGCCAAAAGCAUGCCAUUCCAAUCUGCUAUACCCAAUUUUCGUGUGUACAUUUCAAGGAUUUGGCUUGAUUUGCCAACAUUUGACAAUAUUGAUAUUACUUUUGAAUUUUUUUUCAUAUUUCAAAGACUGUUAUGAAGUUUACUCUUUGUUGCCUGAUUGUGCACAAGCAUUUUCCCUAUAGAAGGAUGAUAACUCAAUUAAAGGUACAUAUGAACCGAGCAUCAUUGGAGCGUGGAUUUCCAUUAACACAUAUUAUCCACUUCUACUAGUUUUUAUAUGAAUCAAAUAAAUUCUACAUGCAAAGGGAUAAAGAAUAGAUCACUCGAUCAGCUAUAAAAGAGCUUUAGACUGCUCCUUUCUUUAAAUUUUUGGUCAAAAAUUUAACCU